AAGAAUACCAGCAACCUUCAAUUAGGCUUGAUGAGUCAGUUAGUAUGCCAGUUCAUGAACCUGUAACAACCAAUAGCUUAAUUGCAAAUUUAUAUAGUAGUAAAGAAUUGGAUGAUAAAAUUGAUAAUGAAACCGAAUGGAAGGAUAGAUCCGAAAAAUACCCUGUAUUAUUGCAUCUGGCUCAGAAAUAUCUGUCAGUACUAGCCACCUUGGUCUCUUCAGAGCAAUUAUUCUCUGAUGCUGGAUUACAUAUUACUGCACUUUGUAACAGGCUUCAUCCUAAUAUGGUUGAGCAAAUGAUUUUUCUUAAAUGCAACAUGUAG